CCCGCCUGCAUUUACAGGCUCCCGCACACCCUGGUCACCGCCAUCAUGGGCUCAGCGCCAGUUGUCGACGAUGGCACAACAACAGUCUAUAUGAAACACCACCGGCACGGCCAUUGGGUCGCCGAACACAAGGCCCAGCGCCUACUCAGCAUAAUACACUUCGCAUAUCCUAUCGUACUGCUCGUCUUCUUCCUCACCACCUUUACCAUUCGAAGCAUCGUACAAUCCAGGAGUGAUGACAAGAAAGAUGCCGCAUCCGAGCCGCUGCUAGGCCCUGGUGGUAAACCUCUGCCGAAAAAGAAGGCUCCGCUUCAGAACGAUAAUGCUUUCCUUGACUUCAGCAGACCGCGCAAGCUGCUGUUCGAGUGGCUGGCUCUGGGAGCUACCCUCACGCUUGUUGGCAAUGCCAUCACUGUAAUCGUCCACGCUUUGUAUGCGCGCAAGGAGGAAUGGUGGUGUGGACAAGCCACUGUCGUCUUCAUUGUGGGUGCUUUCAUGGUUUUCACUCUGAUCCUCAUCUCCAUCUUCGACACACAACCCUCUCCUACAUGGGUCCAUGCCUCAUCAUGGGCCCUCGCCGCCGCUAUGGACAUCGUCCUCCUCGCUUCCUCUUUCGCCCUAUAUACCCACGCACACCACGAGCCCAAAGCUGGAGAUCCAUCUGGUGGUCAUCUAGAAAGAGAAAUGACUGAAUGGGAAAUUACCGGUGUUACAUUGGACCUCGUCCGCAUCAUUCUGCUUCUGGCUCUCGUGGCUUUCUACGUUCUCUUCGUCACGCUGCACGCGAGAAGUCAGCGCAAACAGGACGCAAGUCAGGCAUCUUCAAGCGAAACCACUGGCCUGCUUGCAGAGGAUCGUGCUGAAGCUGGAGCUGCCAAUGGUUCUGCCAAUGGUAACGGAUACGGCGCGACCCAGCCGAAUGGACACAACAAGCCCAAGAAGUCUGCAGACGCACCUGCUGGUUGGGAGAAGCCUACAACCACUCCCUCAAGAAGCUGGUGGGAGUACAUCAGGGGUUACUCCAUUUUCUUCCCUUACCUCUGGCCCUCCAAGGAUCGUAAACUGCAGAUCGUUGUUGUAAUCUGUUUUCUUAUUAUGCUCGUUCAACGAGUUAUCCAAAUUAUGGUGCCCAUUCAAGCAGGCAGAAUCACCAACGAUCUUGUUAACGAGAAAAUGACUGGAUUGCCAUGGAAAUCUAUCUGUCUAUACAUCUUCUAUCGCCUUCUUCAAGGAAACAAUGGUUUACUCGGCGCCACUCGCUCCAUCAUCUGGCUUCCCGUCAGUCAGUACUCUUUCCGCGAGCUUUCGAUUGCCUCCUUCGAGCACGUCCAUAGCCUGAGCUUGGACUUCCAUCUGGGCAAGAAAACCGGUGAAGUGCUCUCUGCACUGGGCAAAGGUAAUGCUAUCAACAACUUUCUCGAGUCGGUCACUUUCCAGGUCAUUCCUAUGCUUGUUGACUUGUUCCUCGCCAUUGGAUACUUCCUCAUUUCCUUCGACGUUUACUACGCGCUGAUUGUCGCCGUUGUUACUUUCUGGUACAUCUAUCUCACCAUCCGUAUGGCUCAAUGGCGCGCGGAAAUUCGCCGACAAAUGGUCAACUCCGACAGAGAAGUUGAUGCUGUCAAGAACGACUCGAUGGUCUCUUACGAGACUGUCAAGUACUUCAAUGCCGAAGCGUACGAAUUUAACAGAUACCGCGAGGCAGUCGAGAAGUACCAAAAGGCAGAGUAUUCUGUCGUCCUUUCGCUCAACUUCAUGAACGUUACACAGAACAUGGUCUUCAUGGUCGGCCUAAUGAUUGCAUGUUUCGUUGCUGCAUACCAAGUUACCACUGGUCAACGCAGUGUUGGUGAUUUUGUCGUCCUACUGACUUAUCUGGCACAAUUGCAGGGUCCUCUCAACUUCUUCGGUACUUUCUAUCGCAUGAUUCAGAGUGCCAUGAUCAAUUCCGAGCGUAUGCUCGAGCUGUUCAAGGAAGAGCCGACUGUUGUUGAUGCUCCUGGAGUCACGACCUUGCCCAGUUGUGAGGGUGAUCUGCGUUUCAAUGAUGUUCACUUCGCCUACGACGCCCGCAAGCCUGCUCUCAAGGGACUCGACUUCCACUGCAAGCCCGGUACCACUACUGCUCUGGUCGGUGAAUCUGGCGGUGGCAAGUCCACUGUUUUCCGCUUACUCUUCCGCUUCUACAAUUCCGAGUCCGGCACAAUUCAGAUCGAUGGACACGACGUUGCCGAUGUAUCUAUUGACAGUGUUCGCAGACACAUUGGUGUCGUUCCUCAGGAUACUGUCUUGUUCAACGAGUCGCUGAUGUACAACCUCAAGUAUGCCAAUCCCUCGGCAAGUGAUGAGGACGUGUACGAAGCGUGCAAAGCCGCAUCAAUCCACCACAAGAUCUUGUCUUUCCCUGAUGGCUACGACACCAAGGUUGGUGAGCGUGGUCUACGUCUCUCCGGUGGCGAGAAGCAACGUGUUGCAAUUGCCCGUACCAUCAUCAAGGACCCCCGCAUCAUUCUUCUAGAUGAAGCCACUGCUGCUCUGGACACUGAGACUGAGGAACAUAUCCAAGAGGCUCUCAUGACUCUUGCUCAGGGCCGAACAAUGCUCGUUAUUGCUCAUCGUCUUUCUACCAUCACCAUGGCCGACCAGAUCUGUGUGCUCCACGAAGGCCGUGUUGCUGAACGAGGAUCACACCAGGAGCUUCUCGACAUGAAGGGCAAAUAUUACUCGAUGUGGCGUAAGCAGGUUCGCGCGCAGAGAGCUGCCGAAGAAGCCAAGGUUCUCAAAGACAAGGCCGAAAGGCUGCGACGGGAGAGCCGAAGUGGUGAACAGCCACAAGAAGGCGACACUUCUGCUGGCAGCAGCGAAGAUGAAAAGGAGAGACAAAGACGUGCACAGAAGCCUCAAAAUAUGCAAGCUCCUGUGGAUGCCGGCGAAGCGCCUACAGAAAUUGCACGAGAAGAAGAACGAAGCAGCAAGCCCCAUGGGCAUCCUUGAGUAUAGCACUCACCCCUUUUCCUUUCCUUCUUCAUCUCUUUCCCUCUUUCACUGCAUGGACGGGUAAUAAUGGUACAUUCGGGUCGACGUUUUCUUCCACACUCCUUCUCGGUUGCAUAACACAUGGCGUUUCUUCUAUUUUGCUUAGCCAACUCUUGUUCUUUCCUUUUUCCUCACUCUGAUGGCACACACAAAAAGCUGCAUGGAAAAUGGGUUCUUGACGGGACGGAAAAGACGGUGGUUUUCCUAAUCUUGUGUAUAGAGACUCAGUCUUGUCACGCCGACAACACAAAUGGAAAAUGUACAAAUUUCUUG